AUGGAGGAAUACAACGACGCAGUUCAGAGGGCUGCAAGACUUUCAGUGGCAAGGGAAAGUUUCCUGGCAGGAAAGAAAAAUCCGGUGAAUGUAGCGACACAGGAAGACCUGAUGAUUUACACCCUGUGGUUAUUGUGUCACCCACACUCUCUGAAGGGCAUUCACCGCUUUCUCCAGGUUCUCCAGCAUUUAACUAUUUCUCACAGAAUGAAUGUGGCUGAUGAGAAAUGUCCUGAUGUGCUCCAAGACAACUGGGACAAAUUAAGAACUGCUUUUGACAAGAAUUCAGAUAUUUUUAAUAUUGUGUCUCCCUGUUCAAGAGUAUUAAGAAGAAAUGACUCCUGCCACAAGGACGCUGGAUUCACUUUGCCCCAGCACAGCACUGAAACCGAGGAGCUGAAAUCUCAGCUUCAGCUUCUGCUUUCUCAUUUUGGUAUUGACUACAGCCUUAAGAAUCUCAAGAACUCAGCUGAUGAGAUGGAGCUCUUUUACCUGGUUGUUCAAAAAUUUAAAAGCGUCUUCUGCAAACAGCAGGUGAUGAGAACGUUUCCAGUUUAUGAUGCAGAGGUUUCUCGGUCAGAGAACCAGGGCAUGUUAGAUCCAGCCAAGGCUUUGAAAAAGAGAGCCAACUGGAUCCCUUUUUUAAAGGGAAAAGAUAUAGUUGACAGCUUGCAGCUGCUAGGAUUAGAAGAGGACACAGCAACUGCCCACAGGGAGCACAUGGUGAGGAGAGGAGCCUACUUGUCCCUUCUCUUCUUACGUCACCUGAGGCUCCGGGAGCUAAAGCGAGUGUGCCUGGGGAUCCUUAACUACUUCAGGUCCAUGGAGAGGAGCCUGACCAUCAGUACCGCCAGCCUCUCCUUCAAGGCUGGUCGCCUAAUUCCCAGUGCAGAAGACACCUCCUGGGUCAGCUCUGUCAAAGGAGGCACUGGUGGUUUUGGUGGCUUGAGUCCACAGCCAUAUAUUCACUACACGCCAGCUGACUACAAGGUCCACAGCGCUCAGUUCAUGGAGUUUGCAGAGGUGGAAAACCAUGACAACUUUCACACUAGUGAAGAUGGAUAUAUCCACACACAGGACCAGCGAGGGGUUUACAUAAUAUAUGAUGUGGCUUUAGAGGACCUGAAGGAACUUGAGAAAGAACUGCUGCUUGUGGCCAGCCAGUACAUUGAGAAAGAUAAAAGUAAGACAUCGACAGGUCCAAAAAGACCUGUGAUAAUUUGGUUUGCUGUUUUCAAGCUUCUAGAUGUUUAAUUUGAAGCUUACCAACAUGCUUUGGACCCAGAGGAAAGAUUUGCUUUGGCCCAAGCGAUAACUGACGUCAUGCAUAAACGUCCACGGUUUGAUCUCAAGCUUGAAUAUUUUGUCAACGCCUAUGAAGAUGAAGGCAUCUGUUUGCAACUUCACCUCCAGCUGCCGAGGGACAUGGUAAACCAACAAAUAGAUGCCCAGAGGGAAUACGUCCGCAAGAUUUGGCGGGAAGGUCAGAGAGGUGGCAUCGGUGAAUUUGGACUUCCUUAUGAUGUGAUUACUAAGCAGCUUAUCUCUCUUAACACUAGCUGUCCUACUUUGAAGAACAUUUAUUUGCUGGAGUUUCACCCUUCUCUUGGUCUGGUGUGCGUGAUCCCCAAAGCUCUUGAGUAUAUCUACCAGGAAUUCUACAACAUCUGCAGACCAAAAAGAGCCAGUAAAGCAAGUAAUCUAGAAAAACAAGUACUUCAGCUAGUAGUUGAUGAGUGGUUAACUAUGGAAAAAACAGAAACUUUUUACAGCGCUCAGAUUCAAAAGGACUUAUUUGCCGAGGUACUGAUAGAAGAUCUUAUGCUGGUGCAAGAGAUUGCUCUGUCACUAUUAGAGAUGGGAGCAGAUGAGGAAAUAAAGACAGGCAGAGAAAAACAGCUCUUUGUCCUGGAUUCCUUCUCCACGCUCCUGGAGCUUGUCACGCUCCGCCAUCGGCUGAUAGAGGUGGCGACAGAGAGUGCGCGGUUAGCCAGGUUAUAUAAGGCUUUUGCAAUGGAAACAGGUUUUGGGGAGUUCCAUUUGUACCUGAGGCCUGUGCUCUUUGAAUCUGCAUCUCACAGGGAGAAAGCAGGCCACCUCCCACCAGUAUUCAUUACCUCUCUGUUGGAAGAUGACAACUGUGUUGACAGAUAUAUUCCAUCUAGCUUGCUACUAAGCAUCCAAGAAAUUGACAGUCAUAUUGGAAAGUUUAGUUUCCGUACAAGAGAUGGUGUUAUGCAGCUCUUGUGUGCAUCUGGAAUAAGGAACAUGCAACUUAUCCUGGCCUAUCAGGUCAUUCAGAAAAAUGCUCUUUUGGCAGCUGUUCAACAAGCCUCCUUUUGUUGCUUGGUCCAGCCUCCCCAUACCCUGGACAUAAAGGUUAGCAGCAUCUUCUUCCUCACGUUGCACCAGUAA